UUUGUGUAUGUAUUGAGUUCGAAGGGAAAACGUCAAAGAAAAGGAUAACGAAAAAGUGAUGACACAGAGCUACAUAUAUGCAUCCGUAAGUAAAGAACAUUCGAUUGAAUGAACGCGUACGAGUUGGUAGAUUUUGUUUAUGAAUCGUUUGCUUGGUGAAAAAUAAAAACAUCAAAAGUGUUUGAGCAAUGAAUUGUUUCGACGGAAAUCGUAUGUUAGCAUUCGGAUAAGUAGAUAGAACCCAAUUGAUCUGCCGACAAAAAGUAUCAAUCGGAGAAAAGUUUGAAAUUCUGUAGUGACUAAUUUGGUGGAAAAGGCAGUCAUCAAUAUCUGCAGCGCUCUAUUUAUAGAUGAGUCAAAAUUUAGAGGACAGUCCAGUAUCGGACAACAAAAUGGACAUAUCGGAAACAACCACAUCUCAGGAUUCGCCUCCCGGUUAUUCACCAGAUGUGGAGGAAUGCAACGGAGAAUAUAAGCAGGAACAUCGUGGUAGUGACAUCACAAUUACUGCAGAAGGAAUGAUGUCAACUGUAAACACCGCAAGUGAUAUCUGCUGUGGCAGCAGUGCAACGUAUCAGCAGCAAGAAAUGCUAACAAAAUAUCUAGACAAUCGCAAUGAUGAACCGAUAAAUGUUGAUAUGCUAAGUUCAAAAACAGCAAACCGCACUACCAACAGUGGCCUAACACCGGUCAGUAAUCAUCCGUUGAUGCUGAUGUCACCAACUGGCAGCGAAUCGGACUCCUCCGAGAGAGUGAAUGCAAAUAAAAAUCACCAGGGACUACGAAACUAUUAUCAGUUUCCCGAUGUAGUUCCAGUUAGUGAGCAGCCGCCGUUACGUUUGGCCAAUCCGUACCCAAAUAGGACUGAGCCAGCGACUCGCACCGGUACAACUUCGAAGACCACUACUUCAACAAGAUCGACAACGUCGACUCUCGAUGUGAUAAACAAUAUAGAUAAUGCCAAUAAUAUGAAAAAGGCUUCCCUAUUGCAAGAUGGCAGUCCGGAUUUCCUGAGCAGUGGAUCAGAGGUUGAUCUGUCACAGUUUCAAGCAUCGGUUACACCAACUUUCCAAUCCGUUGCAUUGGUGCAAUCGCAAUCCAACUCCCAACUGCAACAGGUGUUCCAGCACAAGUCUAUAUCACCAAGAUUACAUAAACGGCGGAAAGGUCCAUUAUCUUCGGAUUUGUUGGUGGACGACAUGAGUUCGUUCGAGGAAACCAUCUCCAAUCAUAGUGUGGAUGAUUUGCAGCAAAAUCUUGUAUCGUUGAGCCCUUCGUCGUCGAUUUUGGACGACAAUGGCUUCAAUGUAGACAUAGACGAAGACUUUUUGGACGUUCCUGGGACGCCGAAGACCCCUAGUGGCAAUAGUGCACCGUUGCCGCAGUAUUCAGCUCGCGCAGAGGCCCGUGAUAUUAGAAGUUGGCAAAAAAUAACGCUGCCGGAUGGGAAGACGCGGGAAAUAGACAUGAAAGUUAUUGAACCGUUCAAACGAGUAUUAUCCCACGGUGGAUACCUGCAGUCCGGAGGGCACAAUGCCAUAGUAGUGUUCAGUGCAUGCCAUCUCCCUGAUCGUUCUCGGGCCGACUACCAUUACGUGAUGAACAAUUUGUUCUUGUAUGUGGUGAAAACUCUGGAGCAGCUAGUGACCGAAGACUACGUGCUCGUCUAUCUGCAUGGCGGUUCCAGCAGGGGAAAUGUUCCGCCGUUCCCAUGGCUUAAAAAGUGUUAUCAGUUAUUGGACAGACGUUUGCGGAAGAGUUUGAAGAACUUGUACAUGGUACAUCCAACAUUCUGGCUAAAAUCUGUAGUCUGGAUGGCAAGACCAUUCAUAAGUUCCAAAUUUUGGCGAAAGCUAGUGUAUGUGAAAACUUUGGAGGACCUAUACAAGUUGGUGCCCGUCGAAAGAGCUGCCGUUCCAGACAAAGUGAAGAACUACGAUUCGCGUCAUUCCUAACUUCAAACGUAUCAGCUCCAGCAGUUUGCUCCUUGUCAUCCGUGGCAUCAUCGAUACCUUCAGCGUCAUCGAAGUUUCACCACCAGCAGAUUCAGCUGACACCAGUAGCAUUGGACAAGGUAGGAAGAUCUCGUUUAAAUAUAUUUUAUGCACGGACCUAGUCAAACCAAGAAUGAGAAAUAGGAUUAAGUCGCAAGCGAAAGGAUAUCAUCAUCGUUAGGGAAUAAACUACAGUACGCAAUUUAUAAGCAAUGAUUUCAUCGACGGGACUUAAGUAGAGCAGUAUGCAAGUGGUUGCUGAAUAGUUGUACGGCGAUCAUGUGCAUACAUUCUGAGACAAAAAAAAAAGAUCAUCAAUGAUAUUAUUA